AUGCAAAAACAAUUCGGUAAAUAUGUUGAAAUACAAUUUUCACGUGGUGGAGAACCUAUAGGUGGUGCGAUUUCAAAUUUUCUUCUAGAAAAAUCACGUGUUGUUAGUCAAGCUGAGAAUGAACGUAAUUUUCAUAUUUUUUAUCAAUUACUAUCAAGCAGAGAAUUUUGUCAACAAUAUUCAUUAUCACAUGAGCUUCGUUUUCAAUAUAUUAACCAUGCUGAAUCUAGUAGAGUUCAAAAAAUUGAUGAUAUAAAAGAAAUGCAACAUACACUACAUGCAAUGGAUGUUAUGGGUUUUUCAUCAGAAAUAAAACAAAGUAUAUUUAGUUUACUUGCUGGUAUAUUACAUUUAGGCAAUGUUCAAUUCGGUGAUAAGAAUAAUUAUGCUACUGUCCUAUCAGAACGAGAUCUACAAGCUCCUUGUGCUUAUUUUGGUAUUCAAAUAGAUUAUUUAAAAACGAAAUUAAUUUCAAAACGACUCGAAUUUAAAGAACAUCAAAAAAAUGAACUGAUCGAUCAAACAUUUACUGUUGACAAAGCUAUAUUUACACGUGAUGCAUUAGCUAAAUCAAUUUAUUCUCGUAUUUUUGAUUACCUUAUUCAAGGAGUUAAUUUAGCAUUUCAAACAACAGCUAAAUCAGAUUUAUCUAUCGGUAUUCUUGAUAUAUAUGGCUUUGAAAUAUUUGAACGUAAUAGUUUUGAACAAUUUUGUAUAAAUUAUGUUAAUGAAAAGCUUCAACAAAUCUUUAUCGAAUUAACAUUAAAAAAAGAACAAGAGGAAUAUAAACGUGAAAAUAUUCAAUGGUCACCAAUAUCAUUUUUUAAUAAUAUUGUUGUUUGUGAUUUAUUUGAAGCUAAACAACCACCAGGAAUGUUUUUAUUACUUGAUGAUAUAUGUCUUAGUUCACAUGCAACAACAGAAAAAGUUGAUAAAAGUUAUUUACAUAAAUUAAGUAGUUUAUCAAAUCAACAUUUAAUUGUUUCACCCCCGACAUUUACUGUUAAACAUUAUGCUGGAGCUGUUAUUUAUCAUUCAGAUCAAUUUUGUGAAAAGAAUAGAGAUAUUUUAAAUAUUGAUUUAAUGGAAAUGAUGCAAUCGAGUACAAUACCAUUUGUUGUACGACUGUUUCCUGAACAAACAUCAACAAUUAAAUCUCGACCUACGACAGCUGGUACUAAAAUUCGUACACAAGCAAAUUUACUUGUAGAAAAAUUAAUGACUUGUCAACCACAUUACGUUCGAUGUAUUAAACCAAAUGAAAAUCAAGCACCUGGUGAAUGGAAUUCAUCAAGUGUUAUUGAACAAGUUAAAUAUUUAGGACUUGUAGCUAAUAUUGAAGUUCGAAAAGCUGGUUUUGUUUAUCGACGUGAAUUUGCAAAAUUUUUAAGCCGAUAUGCUAUAUUGACAAAACAAACAUGGCCUAAAUGGAAUGGAAAAGUAACAGAUGGUGUUAUGCAUAUUGUUGAUACUAUGCAUCUUGAUCGACGUGAAGUACAAUUAGGCAAUACAAAAGUAUUUAUUAAAUCACCAGAAAGUUUACAUAUACUCGAAGAUAUGCGUUUACGAAAAUUUGAUAAUUAUGCACGUAUUAUUCAAAGAGCAAUGAAACGUUUUUGUGCAGUACGUGUCUAUCAAAAACAACGUGAACAAGCUACUGACAUUUUAUAUGGACGAAAAGAACGUAAUGCACGUUCACUUGAUCGUGAUUAUGUUGGAGAUUAUUGUAAUCUUCAUCAACGACCUGAUUUACAACGAUUAAUACCUCGUAGUGAAAAAACUGAUUUUAGUUCAUAUUUAUAUAAAUAUGAUCGACGUUUUCGUCGACAAGGACGAUAUUUUAUUAGUACAAAUCAAGCAUUGUAUAUUAUUGAUGAAGAAUGUGUUAAAGUUGGUAGUGGUGGAAAAUCGAAUAGUUCUGCUGUUCAAAAAAAUAAACAACCAGACGGUUAUACAAUAGAAUAUAAAAUUAAACGACGUAUUCCAUUAGAAACUAUUAAUGAAAUUAAAAUGAGUGAAUAUCGUGAUAAUUUUUUUUUAAUUUGUGUAAAUAAUGAUUACGCAACAUUAUUGGAAUUAUCAAGUAAAACCGAAGCAGUUUCAAUUAUUUUAAAGAAUUAUUUAAAAAAAACUAAUCGUGUAUUACCAAUUACAUUUGGACAAGGAUUUGAUUAUGCAGUUAAAAAACAAAGUUGGAUUGGUAGCGGUACACGUAGUGUUAAAUUUUCGCAUGCAGCUACGGCUGCACUGAUGAAUCAAAUUGAUCCAAAAAAAUUACGUAAAGGUGUUGAUAUGCCCCGUGACUAUGAUGUCAAAAUUAAUCGUAAUACAAUGACUGUCAUGGUUUCAAGUGGUUUACCAAAACAAUCAAGACCAAAUCAAACAAACGCUGAAAAACCACGUGGAUUACAAUUUAAAUCCACAAAUAACAGUUCUUCUCGAAAACCACCAACUAAACCUCCACGACCAUUAGCUGCAAAACCGACGAAACAAAAAAAACUCCGAGCAUUAUAUGAUUUUCAAGCGCGAUCAGCUGAUGAACUUUCAUUUGCUACUGACAAUGAACUCUUACUUAUUGAUAAUAGUGAUGAAACUUGGUGGAAAGCAGAACUCGAUGGGAAAACUGGAGUCGUACCGUCAAAUUAUGUUGAAUUGAUUGUCUGA